AUGUUCAACAACAACUCUAAUGAAGUCGAAAAGUUUUAUUAUGCUCAUAAUAAUUCGAAUAAAAAUUCUAAACCCCUUCAAAAAGAACAUCAAGGAGUCAUUUGUGGAAGCUUCGAAUACCUGUCAACAAGAUAUUAUCAAAUUUUCGAUGUAGAAUUAGGAUUUUUAUUUGCGAAAGAAAAAGACACAAGUCUCACAGUAAGUAAUUAAUUGAAUAUUUCAUAGAUCUUCUUUGUUUCAGUGUUCAAAUUGUUCAUGGGUUGUUUAUAAUUUUAUUGAAGUCGAAACUGGAAUUCGUGGAAUGAAGUAUAAGGCUUUGAAUGUUUAUGAAGUUGAAGGAAACGAAUCAAAAAACCCGGCAACAAAUGAAUUCAAAAACAAUAAUCAGUUUGAUUUUAAUCAGAAAAUGUCCAUAGAUUUUUUUGAUUUUGACACAAACAACAAUGUUCUUCUGUUUAAAACCUGGAUAACAUAUUGCGAGGAUAAAAAUGGUUUCGGCUACUUUACCAAUAGCUUUUAUGGAUAUGUUGAAGUUAGAAUUGAAGACUUGAAAAUAUUGAGAAAAUAUGGAUUUCAAAAAAUUGAGGCUCUUAUUGAACUGAAAUCGUUUGAUGAAUGUCAGAAAUCGCAAUGCAAGUGGAAAUUGAGAAAUGUGAUGUUUGAAGGGAAAUCGUACAGUAUGAACGGUUUUGUGAGUUUUUGUUUCAAUUUCAGGAGAUCUGAUGUAUAUAUAUAUGUUUUAUAUUUAUAGCUAUCGGUAAACGGAAAACUGUCAAGAGGUACAGAUGGACACGUUGUUCCUCACGAGCAAAUCAGAAUCCAACCAGAUGCUCUGUGCCCGAAGUUUUCUCAUUCCAUGUGAGGAAUCCAAAAGUUUCCUGUAAUUUUUUUUUAAUGUAUUUUUUGAAUUUCAGAAGAUCACCGGCUGCAAAUUCUCAAGGUCGAAACCAAAAAAGUGGUCGCUCAAAAAACAAAGAAUUUGGAUUGGGUGCAAUUUUUGGAAGUGGUCAUUUUUGA